AUGGACACUGUCGAUACAGACACAGCAGCGGCGAGUGUCAAUGAACUUCGAUUUGGCCAGUGCACCCCACCAAAAGUUAGUGUGAAGUCACAGGACUCGUUGUUUCUGAUCACUUACUCCAAUAUUCAGCAGCCGUUGGUGCAGGCGUCUUUAGCGGACCGUUACCCUUCAUUGAAGAAGCUCAACAUCUUACUUUACAUUGACAUCCCUACGAUUGACUAUUACAAUGAUGAGAUGACUCAUAACAAGCUUUCUAGGCUGAAUAGGCGGUUAAAGCUGCAUCGGUUGAAGAACUCGAUUGCGCAGAGCUUCUCCAAUACGUCUAGUGCAGAGGAAAAUGAUAAGUUUUGGGAGGACCUGAAAAAAUUGAUUGAAAGGCGCAAUACACCUGAGAAUAAGUUUGAUCUGAAUGUCCUGGUCUCCUCUUCUGGUUCGUUACGUUACGUGGAGACGAUAAGAUUUUUAGUUGAGAAGCUGUUCUACUCUUUCAAGAGUCUGUAUGUGCAAAGGAAGUUGAAUUUGACUUUUCAGAUCAACGUUUCACCCACUUCUCUUAAGUGGUUUUCUACCUUCCUAAAUGUAGAAUUGCUUAAUUUGAAGAUUAUCAAUUGGAAGAAUAUUGGAUCUUUUACUAAGACGAUUCAGAAUUCCAAGUCACUGCCGUUCAAAGAGUACUAUACCAAGCUGAACGAAAAAUUUACCAGCUCUACCGACAACCUUGUAAGCAUGCAAGACCAGACGGUCCUGGACUCCAUAGUUAUUGUCACAAACAGCACAGGGGUGAAGGCCCUUCUGACUCUGUUGUCGGACCACCCCCUCACUAGUCUUAUUUCGCAGGAAUCAAUAAAGGCCUUACACGAAUAUUCAGACGCUAUCAACGAAGAUAAAAACGACGACCAGAUCAAUACAAGUUUAAAAAGAAACUCCUCGUCGUUGUUGAACUUCCAGAAUUCGGUUUUAACUUCUAACAAGGAUAAAUCCGUUAGAAUCAGAUCACUCUCCCUUAAUAGAAAAUCCAAUAGAGCACAUAUGUUCAAGACAAACGAAUCCAUCACAACCAUUCCAUCAACAACAGUAAACAAUCUGAUCGGCCAAGAAUUUAAUCUACGCAAGCAGCCUUCGGCCACCGCAUUACAUUUACAAUCGCAUUUGCAUCCGCAUUCUCGUUCACACUCUUACUCCAGCUCCAAUAUGUCAAGAUCUCCAUCUCCUUUCCCCUACGGAAAAACACCAUCAAGCGACGAACUAGUCUAUGACGAAUUGAAUAAUCAAAUCAACGAGGUACAAGACCGUGCUAAAAAUGAAGAGAUCGCCCUGUAUAACAACAAUAAUUAUGACUAUUUUGCAGAGGAACGAGGAGAACAGGGACAAGGCAGAACUUCAUACGUAGAUGAUUAUGGCUACAACGAGGGCGAAGAUCAUAAUGAAGGUGACUACGACCAUGAAGAUGAUGAUGUAGAAGAAGAUGAAGAAGAAGAUGAAGAAGAAGAAGAUGAUGAUGAAAGUGAUGAUGAAGGCCUGAGCUUUUAUGCCCCAAGUAUUCUCUCUCGCUCUGGUUCAAGCACAGACAUCUUAUCCACAGGAAUGGAUACUACAACAAAAAAAUUAAGGGAGAAGAGGGGUAGGUUCAGAUCCUUGAGUUUAAUGGACCCUGCUUUGCAAAAGCCGUUCAACCAGAAAUUUACAAACAAUCAACAAUUUGACCCUGCUAGAGCAAAGCCUCCUAAAAGAUCAAACUCUUCAAACCAUUUUACAAAUGUCUACGUACACGAUGGUGAUUUUGACGAAACUGACACUAUUAAUAACAAGAAGAACUUAUCAUCCGCAACCCUCAUAAAAAGAAAAACUUUGAUGAACAGAAACUUGACUCCCUCUAUUAGUAAUGGUUUGAUACCUCCGGAAUUUAUAUCCCGAAUAUCCACACCUUCCACAAGCGCAAGCAGUUCAAACUCUUCAUUGAACGACAUGUCCACAGUAUCAAAUGUAUUUUCAAAACUAUUAAAUGAUACAAGUAAGAAGCAGAAAUUCUUGAAUUCACCCGUUCCACAGCAUACGCAACAACCAUCUCCAUUACUAAUGAGAAAUGAUUCAAACAAUAACUUGUUAUUUGAAAAAAACUUGAUUAACAAAUCAUUUGAAGAAUUAAGAAGGCAACCCUCAGCCAACCUUUUCAGCACUUUGAUGAAUGGUAACAUGGAAAAAAAUGGCCUAGCACUAAACUUCAAAUCUAGAACGCCGACAGAUACGUUGAUGACCAAUAGCAUCAAAAAUAGUAACAACGAGAGUCAUAGGCUACUAAAUCUUGAGGAAGAAGACCAAAUCAUGUCUGGAGCAGCCACUAAAGAAUUCGAUGACGAUGACGACUCGACUAAUAGCACAAUCGUACCGAGUCAUCCAGACAAUGACAACUAUAACGAUAACGACAACAAUACAGGUAUAAAUUCCAACAGUUUCAAUCUAAAUCUUUAUGAUGACAAUGGUAAUAUAGGCUUUACAGAUGCAACAUCCUCACACUCGAAUUCUACAGUUACCAAACCCGUCUAUAAAAAAGCCGUCACUUUGGAUUUAUAUGGCGAAGACGAUAUGGAUAAUAUGGGAGGAUGGGUACUAGGAGGCAAUGCUCGAUAA